UUUAACAGCCUUACAUGCCAUCUUUCUCAGACAUUAGCUGAUAGAUCUAAUGACACAGCUAACUAAUUCGGGGAGUUAACCAAGUCACCACUUUGUGUUAUUGUUGUUGGCUUAUUUAUUGCCAUGACGCGUUGCUAAAUGGAGUAAAUGAUAUCAUUUCAUCAUAAAUUAUAUCAUCCAACGGAGCUCACAGAGAAUUGAGUCCACAGAGCCCACAAACGAGUCGGUGGAUCGCUCUGAAAAAAGCAUACGGAAGUGUAUGUUGCCUAGCGACAGAACGCUUAAGGCACGUCAACAUCAGGCGCUUGGGGACAACAGCUGUGAUGGCGGAGAGAAACACACUGCAAAAACUCGAUUUCAGCGCUUUAAGUCCCGAGCAGCAAGAAAAGCUGCAUCACUUCAAGGUCAAGACCCGGGUAGCUAAUGAAAAAUAUUUAAGGUCUCAUCCAGAGGUGGAAAUGUUACUAAGUGACUUCUUAAGGGGUGUGUUUCUGAAAAGGCCUACAGAUAUUCGUGAAUUUGCAGCAGAUCAUUUCAGUGACCCAGGACUGCCGAAGAAAAUCCAUGCGCAAAUGAAUAUCCAUAAUACGUGAAAAAUGUGGAUUUGUGGUGUUUUCUAAUAAAAGAGCGUGACUGUCAUGAUCCCUCCA